AUGGAAAAGACAGAAGUGGAGUCACAAAAACUUCAACCAUUAAUAAAUCUGCCGAAAUUACAACUGAUGAAAUUCGAUGGAUCAAUAAGGAGUUGGGUCGCAUUUAAGGAUAACUUUUUAUCGACCAUUGGAAAUAGAAAUCUUGAUCCAGUGGAUAAACUUAGAUAUCUCAUAUCUUGCCUCGAAGGAGAAGCGAAGGAAUUGGUAGAAGGAUUCCCUAUGGAUGAUGAAUCUUACAGGAAUUUAUGGGAAAUUCUGGAAAACAGAUAUGGAGAUAAAUCCAUUAUUAUUGAAGAAUUAUAUAAAGAAUUAAGAGAAUUAAACCCAAAAACAAAGGAUAUAAAGGAAAUUCGCAAGGACUUGGAGCGAAUAUUUCGCCAGUUGAUAUCUUUAGGAGAAGAUAUCAACAACAAUUCGAUUUUGAGCAUGGCACAAGCUAAAUUGCCAAUAUUUGUGCUAAAAAGAGUUUUAGAAGAAAAAAGAAAAUGCUCAACAUGGGAUAUAAGCGAGUCAAGAAAUGUAAUGAAAACCUGCGAAGAGGAAAAGCUCCUAUUAAGUAGAAUGAUAAGUAGCGGUGAUAAGGAAAAGUUGCAGAAACACAAGACUAUAAAUAACUUUAAAAAGGAAAAUAGGAGCCCAUGA